ACACCAGUGGUGAUGGUGGCCUGUGGACCAACAACUGGCUAGAUGGGUUAGAGCUCAACAAACCAUUCAGCAACAGUGACAAGUCUGUGGUUCACACUGGCAGUUGUAGUGCAACCAGCUUCCCAGGCACAGCUGGGACAGGGGUCAACUCUCUGGCUAGAGGCUUGUGUGCUGCCUCUUCUCUCUUCUCUGUGAUGGACAGGAGCUCAG